GCGGCCUCAAUGCGCGCUGCAUUGUGGGGAGUGGUCCUUUUCCUGCAGCUACAGAAAUGGCCCGGGGUCCAAAGAAGCACCUGAAGCGCCUGGCGGCUCCCCGGCAUUGGAUGCUGGAUAAACUGACUGGAGUAUUUGCUCCCCGUCCAUCUACUGGUCCACACAAGCUCCGUGAGUGUCUCCCCCUCAUCAUUUUCCUCAGAAAUCGUCUGAAGUACGCUUUGACUGGUGAUGAGGUGAAGAAGAUCUGUAUGCAGAGAUUCAUCAAAAUUGAUGGCAAAGUCCGUACUGAUGUGACUUACCCAACUGGAUUCAUGGAUGUGAUCAGCAUUGAUAAAACAAGUGAACAUUUCCGUCUGAUCUAUGACACCAAGGGUCGUUUUGCAGUGCACCGAAUUACAGCUGAGGAGGCCAAGUAUAAGCUGUGCAAAGUAAGAAAGAUUCGAGUGGGCACCAAGGGAAUUCCUCACCUCGUUACGCAUGAUGCACGAACCAUUCGCUAUCCGGAUCCUCUGAUUAAGGUCAAUGACACUGUGCAGAUUGAUCUGGAUACUGGCAAGAUCACAGACUUCAUCAAGUUUGAUACAGGUAUCUGGAUUAUGGUGGCAGUAAAUUGAAUGGCGUUCUUGUUC